GUUACAUAAGGACAGGCUCCAUCUUUCUAGCCCAAACUCAGGACCGGCUCAUCUCUCUGAAGCGCAUCAACUCCAGGCUAAAUGUCAUAGGCAUCCCUUCUGAGAUCAUCUCCCCCAAGAAAGUGGCCGAACUUCACCCUCUCCUCAACGUGCACGACCUGGUGGGGGCCAUGCAUGUCCCCGAGGAUGCGGUGGUGUCCUCUGCUGAUGUGGCUCUUGCCCUGGCAAGUGCUGCCUCCCAAAAUGGUGUGCAGAUCUAUGACCGGACAAGCGUGCUUCAUGUAAUGGUCAAAAAAGGACAAGUAACUGGUGUGGAGACCGAUAAAGGACAGAUCGAGUGCCAGUAUUUUGUCAACUGUGCUGGUCAGUGGGCAUACGAGCUGGGUCUGUCCAACGAGGAGCCGGUUAGUAUCCCGUUACAUGCCUGCGAACACUUCUACCUUCUGACUCGCCCCUUGGAGACCCCUCUGCAGAGCAACACACCAACUAUUGUGGAUGCUGAUGGAAGAAUUUAUAUCCGGAACUGGCAGGGUGGCAUCUUGUCUGGAGGCUUUGAGAAGAACCCGAAGCCAAUAUUCACUGAGGGCAAGAACCAGCUGGAGAUUCAGAAUCUGCAGGAAGACUGGGAUCACUUUGAGCCCCUGCUGAGUUCCCUCCUGCGUCGGAUGCCAGAACUGGAGACUCUGGAGAUCAUGAAGUUGGUCAACUGCCCUGAGACCUUCACCCCAGACAUGAGGUGCAUCAUGGGCGAGUCUCCUGCAGUGCAGGGCUACUUUGUCCUGGCGGGAAUGAACUCUGCCGGCCUGUCGUUUGGAGGAGGGGCUGGAAAGUACCUUGCUGAAUGGAUGGUGCAUGGUUAUCCAUCAGAAAGCAUCUGGGAAUUGGACUUGAAACGUUUUGGAGCCCUCCAGAGCAGCCGCACCUUUCUGCGCCACCGAGUCAUGGAAGUCAUGCCUCUCCUGUAUGAUCUGAAGGUUCCCCGUUGGGACUUCCAGACUGGGAGGCAGUUACGCACCUCUCCUCUCUAUGACCGGCUGGAUGCACAAGGAGCCAGGUGGAUGGAAAAACAUGGAUUUGAGAGGCCUAAGUACUUUGUGCCACCAGAUAAGGACCUCCUGGCACUGGAGCAGAGCAAGACUUUCUAUAAGCCAGAUUGGUUUGACAUUGUGGAGUCUGAAGUCAAGUGCUGUAAGGAAGCUGUGUGUGUCAUUGACAUGUCCUCUUUCACAAAGUUUGAAAUAACAUCCACUGGGGACCAGGCAUUGGAAAUUCUUCAGUACCUCUUCUCCAACGACCUUGAUGUACCCGUGGGCCACAUCGUACACACCGGCAUGCUCAAUGAGGGCGGAGGGUACGAAAACGACUGUAGCAUAGCACGCCUCAGCAAGCGCAGUUUCUUCAUGAUUUCCCCAACCGACCAGCAGGUCCACUGUUGGGCAUGGCUUAAGAAACACAUGCCGGAAGACAGCAACCUGCUUCUGGAGGACGUCACCUGGAAAUACACUGCCCUCAAUCUGAUUGGCCCUCGAGCUGUGGAUGUGCUGUCCGAGUUGUCCUAUGCCCCUAUGACUCCAGACCACUUCCCAAGUCUGUUCUGCAAGGAGAUGAGUGUGGGCUACGCAAAUGGGAUCCGGGUGAUGAGCAUGACUCACACAGGAGAGCCAGGAUUCAUGCUUUACAUCCCCAUUGAGUAUGCCCUGCACGUGUACAAUGAAGUGAUGAGUGUUGGGCAGAAAUACGGAAUCCGGAAUGCUGGCUAUUAUGCUCUUCGUAGUCUUCGAAUUGAGAAGUUCUUUGCCUUCUGGGGUCAGGAUUUAAAUACCCUCACCACCCCCCUAGAAUGUGGACGAGAAUCUCGAGUGAAGCUGGACAAGGGGAUGGAUUUCAUUGGCCGGGACGCCUUGCUGCAGCAGAAACAGAACGGGGUGUACAAACGCCUCACUAUGUUCAUCCUGGACGAUCACGACACUGACCUGGACCUCUGGCCCUGGUGGGGAGAGCCCAUUUACCGCAACGGGCAGUACGCGGGCAAGACCACCAGCAGCGCUUACAGCUACACCCUGGAGCGCCACGUUUGCCUGGGCUUCGUGCACAAUUUUUCUGAGGACACUGGGGAAGAACAGGUGGUGACAGCAGAUUUCAUCAACCGGGGAGAGUAUGAGAUUGACAUCGCGGGACACCGGUUCCAGGCCAAGGCCAAGCUCUACCCUGUCACCUCCCUCUUCACCCACAAGCGCCGAAAGGAUGACGUGGAGCUAAGUGACUUGCAUGGGAAGUAAUGCCAGGCUCCCCUCCAGUCCCUACCUUCUGCCUCCCAGAUAGGAUUUUAAACUUCACCUGCUUUUAAA